UCGCAGCCUCGGCCCGGAUUUAUUAAUAGGCAGACAAAUUUCCCGUCCGUUCCCACGAGAAAGGCACCAGCGGCGCUCAAACAAAGCCCUGCGCGCCGCUUGCCAGCCUCCGCCUUUCCAUGACCACGCCGCUCCUGCUGUGAUCCUAGGACGACGCGCCACGCCGGGGAGAGGAAAGGAGGCUGAAGCACGAGCGCCGCCGCCACGAGCUCGCGGAGGACCAUGCCGAGAUCCAGGGGCAACGAGCCGCCGCCGCCGCGGGUGUCGCAGCGCGCGCCGCUGCACCUCAAGACGACGGCCGCCUCCGAGGCGAAUGGCGCGCACCACCGCCCCGUCACCGACCGGAGCAGCCCCAAGGUCGGGGACCGGCACUCGCCGCGCAGCCCUCUGCCCGAGAAGAAGCGUGCAGCGGGGACGCGCGUGGCGGAGCUGGAGACCAAGCUGGGGAAGGUGCAGGACGAGCUGAAGAAGCUGCGGGAGCAGCUGGCGUCCGCUGAGGCCGCCAAGAAGGACGCGCAGGUCGCGCUCGAGGAGGCCAAGAAGCGCGUCGGGACCAAGGGAGGAAGCCCCGCCUCCACCACCACCACCACCUCUCCUCUCUCUCCCCCUUCGGCGGGGGUCGAAAGCGCGAAGAAGACCGAGGAGCUGAAGGUAACUCAGCCGGCGGCGGUCGAGGAGGAGAGCAGCAUCAACGCGCCGGCGACCGAUGUGUUCGAGGUCGUCCGGGCCGAGUCGGGGGACAAGGAGAACCAGAGCGCGGCUGAGGACUGCGAGGUUGUGAGCUGCGGCGAGAAGGCGGCGGCGCUGGCCGAGAAGGAGGAGGCCGUGGAGGAAGAGGAGACGAAGAAAAUGAUCGGGGAGGACAACGGCGCGGCGGCGGUGGAAACCGACGGCGCAGCCGAGAAGGAGAGCCCGGAGGUCGUGGAGCUGAAGGCUAAGCUGGCGGAGAAGGACAAGGAGAUCGCGGCGCUCGCGGCGGAGAAUGCUGAGCUGAAGAAGCAGGCCGGAGAGGCCGCGGAGGCGGCGAAGAAAGCCGGAGAGGACGCCGCGUCGAAGGCGGCACAGGCCGAGCACGAUCUGAAGGAGGGCGCGGCGCGGGAGGCCCGGGUGGGCGAGCAGCUGAGGGCGUCGGAGGCCUCGCGGGAGGCACUGGACGGCGAGCUGCGGCGCCUGCGCGUGCAGACCGAGCAAUGGCGCAAGGCGGCGGAGGCGGCGGCCGCGGUGCUCGGCGGGGACAACCAUCUCACCGGACUGGCCGGCAACGGCAACGGUUGGGGUUCCCCCGCCACGAUGCCCGACGACGGCGACGACGAGGGCUUCGGUGGCAAGCGGAAGGGCGCCGGCAUCCGGGUGCUCGGCGACCUGUGGAAGAAGAAAGGGAGCAAGUGAUGAAGCCUUGCCGCGGAAGGGGGGAUCGUGUCUCGAAUUUCGCAAUGGUGAGCUCGCUCAGUCCGCCAGCUUGAAUUCCAUGCCUGCCUUGCACUAGCUUAGCUCCAUCAUUUUACCGCGUUUUGGUUCGGAUUCUACUAUAUGUUUGUAUGAUGAUGAUGAGAUGAUGCUCGUGAGAUUGAACUUCUGUGUGUCUGUAACGCCUGAUCCCGCUGCUGCUGCUGCUGCUGCCUGCUACCUCAGCGUAAGGAGCAACCAAGAUGGUUUGAUGUUUUACUGCAUUGCGGUGCUGUUGAUGAUGGAGUAAAUGCUUUGGGUGAUCUUCUCUUU